UGAAAACCUUAAGUUAACAAACCAUUAUUAAUUAUUACUAGGAGCCCUUCAGGAUAAAAUUCCUCAUUGGGGAUAUGAUAUGAAUCUCUGUAGCAUCAGCCUAUUUCCUGUUGCUUGUGUCUAUUGUGCUAUGGUUGAAACUAAUCUGUCUAGAUUCCUUCUUGUGGUGUCAUGCCUUCACCACCAUUAUAGACUCUGUCCCUACAUCAUAUACAAUUCAAUAGAAGUAACUGCUAUUCAGUGUUAAGGCAGUUUGGUAGUCUACUGUUUUAAUUUUUGCUUAUUUGUUUUCAAAGACAAGGAUUGUCUGUGUAGCCCUAGCUGUCCUGAAAGUAGCUCUGUAUACCAGCCUGGCCUCCCACUAAGAGUUCCCUGGACUGUGGCUCCCAAGUGCUGGAAUUAAAGUAGGCUUUUCUCUUGCAAGGUGAUAUCCCUUUCAAAGGGAACAGAAAUGACAAAGAAUGCAGUGACCUAUGAUGAUGUGCAUAUUGACUUUACUUUGGAAGAGUGGAAUUUGCUAGAUCCUUCCCAGAAGACUCUCUACAAAGAUGUGAUGUUGGAGACCUACAGGAACCUCACUACCAUUGGAUACAACUGGGAAGACCAAAAUAUUGAAGAACAUUGUCAACAUUCUAGAAAACAUGAAAGACAUGAAAGAAGUCAAACUGGAGAGAAAACUUUUGACUAUACUCAAUGUACUACAACCUUUGCAUAUAACAGUCAUCUUCAAAAGCAUGAAAGAACACAUACUAGAGAGAAACUCUAUCAAUGUAAUGAGUUUGUUAAAGCCUUUGGACAUCACAGUCAUCUUCAAAUGCAUAGAAAAACACAUACUGGAGAGAAACCUUAUGAGUGUAAUCAGUGUGGCAAAGCCUUUGUGUAUCACAGUCAUCUUCAGAUGCAUAAAAGAACCCAUAUUGGAGAGAAACCCUAUGAAUGUAAUCAAUGUGGUAAAGCCUUUGCAUCUCACAGUCACCUGCAGAUGCAUAAAAGAACCCAUACUGGAGAGAAACCCUAUGAAUGUAAUCAAUGUGGUAAAGCCUUUGCCCAAAAGGGCAAUCUUCAAAUGCAUAAAAGGACACAUACUGGAGAGAAACCCUAUGAAUGUAUUCAGUGUGGUAAAGCUUUUGCAUCUAAAGGUCAUCUUCAAAGGCAUAGAAGAACACAUACUGGAGAGAAGCCCUAUGAAUGUAAUCAAUGUGGUAAAGCCUUUGCCCAAAAGGGCAAUCUUCAAAUGCAUAAAAGAACCCAUACUGGAGAGAAACCUUAUGAAUGUAAUCAAUGUGGUAAAGCCUUUGCAUCUCACAAUUAUUUUCAGAUGCAUAAAAGAACCCAUAGUGGAGAGAAACUCUAUGAAUGUAAUCAAUGUGGUAAAGCCUUUCCAUCUCCCAGUUAUCUUCAAAUACAUAAAAGGACACAUACUGGAGAGAAACCCUAUGAAUGUAAUCAAUGUGGUAAAGCAUUUGCAUCUAAAGUUCAUCUUCAAAGGCAUAAAAAAACACAUACUGGAGAGAAGCCCUAUGAAUGUAGUCAUUGUGGUAAAGCCUUUUCAUGGAUGUGUAGUCUUCGAAAACAUGAGAAAAAAUCAUAUUGCAGAGAACCUCUAUAAAUGUAGUCAGUGAGGUAAAAUUUUGCCCUUUUUACAGGAGUAAAACUUAUUGUGUGCAAUCAAUCUUUAAAGUCUUUGCAUAUCACGGUAAUCUUUGACUACCUGAAAAAAUAUUGAGGGCUUCUUAUUGCAAUCAUUUGGUAAGAUCUUUAUUUAGCCAGUUAUAAUCAGUUGCACAAGAGUAUUUAUUAAGUAGAAAAAAAUUUGUGUCAAAAUCUGUUCAAGCAUUUUUAUAUCUGAUUUUAUAUUGUUUGUACCAGCAAACUCAUGGAAAAAAAUAAUUUAUGAAUUUAUGAAGCCAUAUAUAUGUAUAGGGUAGAAGGGCUAGCUAAAGAAAAGCACCCUGGCCCUAAAACCAGCACUAGUUAAAGACACAUACUUUGGUGCUGAAACCAGUCAAUGAAACACACCUUGCCCCUGAGUUCAGAGCCAAUGAAAGAAACUCCCUGACCCUGAAAACAGACCCCAAAUGUUAAAAGGGGACAAUGAAAAAACACACUUUUUCCCUGGACCUGGAGCCAAAGAAACACACUCUACCCCUAUCCAACAGAGCACAGAACCAGUUGAUGUGGGAUUCCCUUCUGUAUAUGUGUUGCUUUUAUUGGUUAAUGUUUUCCCUUCCCCCAUCCUGACCAUCAUAUUCCCUCUCAAGUUAUCCUCCCCUUCCCUUCCUCCCUCCUCCCUUUCUAACCUCCCUUCUCGCUCCACCCCCUUGCUCCCAUUUUUAUAAGGAGCUCUUUCUAUUUACCCUUCCCAUGGUGAAACUAUAUAUGUUGCUUUUAGGGUUCUCCUUGUUACUUAGUUUAUCUGGGGUUAAGGACUAUAGGCUUUCUAUCCUUUCCUUUACAGCUAGUAUCCACUUACGAGUGAGUACAUUCCAUGCUCAUCUUGAAAUUUGCAUGCAAAUGGAUCAAAUUAGAGAAAAACAUUUGGAGUGAGGUAGCCCAGAAUUCUAAGAGACAUUUAUAUCUCUCCCUUUGGUGAAAAAAUAGUGAAAUAGCAGACACAUGAAAUUCUAAUUUCCCUAGGAAUUUUAUUGUGGAAAAAGACCCGAUUCCUCCAGAUGAGAAUGUCUCUCCUGAAGAAACAUUCACUGUUUAUUUGACUACCUUGUAGUAGAGACAGGAUCUAAGGUUGGGGGACAUUUUAGAGACGUUAAAACUUUCAUUACAUGGCUUAGUUUUAUUGCUUAGUUAUGUAUAUCUCUCGUCAUUUAUCUCAACCUGUUAGGACCCCAAGAAUGGGUUAACUGCCUUAUGUCUUCAUCAGUGUUCCAAAUUAGUCACAAUGAAAAAAAAGUCAUGUCUUUAAUUUUUUAUAAUAAUUUGUUCAUUUUUGUUUUUUAUUGCCCUCUUUUUAUUUUGAAGAAUAAUCUCACUGUGGAUCUCUGGGUAUCCUGGAGCUCACUAUAUAGACUAAGUUCUUGUAGAACAUCAGAUUUGCCCACCUUGUCUCCAGUAUACCUGACUUAUAGACGCGCAUAUAGCAGACAACCAGCCGAAAAAGACUCCCAUCAACUGCAGACCUUCUGCCUCAGAAUCCACUGUUUUCCAAAUACGAGCCAUAUUGCUUUUCUUUGUCUUGAGUCUAUUGUAAUUUAUCAAGUGACUUGGGCAAGGUACUGUCUGUUGAAUUAGGAGCUGCAGGCUGUGUCCCCGGCACCCGGCCGCCCGCAUGGCUAGCUUAUGCCUGAAAUAAUUACACGGAAACUGUAUUCUUUCAAACACUGCCUGGCCCGGCUAGUUCCAGCUUCUUAUUGGCUAGCUCUUACAUAUUGUUCUAACCCAUUUCUAAUAUUCUGUGUAGCCCACGAGCUGGUUUACCAGGGAGGAUCUUAACCUGCGUCUGUCUGGAGUGGGAGAAUCAUGGCGACUCCUCGACUCAGCUUCUUUCUCCCAGAAUUCUCUUCUGUAUACUUCGCCUACCUAAUUUUCUAUCCAAUAAAAUGGGCCAAGGCAGUUUUUUUAUUAUAAUUAACCAAUGUCCUUCCUCCAUCAACUGUCCUUAUUUUAUAUAUAGUAAAGCUUCGGCUUAUGCAGAUAAGUAUUUUUUUUAAUAUACUUGUAUAGCUUCAUCUUAUUCAUCUCAUCCUUCUAAUGACUCACUAAAUGAAGUUGAAGCCAUCUAAGCCAGCUAUUGUGGCAUAGGCCUGUAACCAUGAUACUUAGUGGAGGCAAGAAUUCAAAGUCAUCCUAGAUGAAAGUGGUCAUUGGGGUAUGGUGGGAGGCCCAUGGAACCCUGGGAGACUGUGAUUAUCUCAGGACAAUGUCUUCAGAGCCAAUACCCACCGGCAUAAAAUAAAGUUUAACACUCAGUUCUUUACAGUAAUGCCACACAGUCUUGAGACAGCAGUCAAGGCUGUCUAUCACAGAAGUCUCUGCAGCCUUCCUUUAAGCCAACUUGCAUGGAGGCAAAUGAAGCCUCAUUCUGAGGUUAGGAUAGCUCAGGAUAUCUGUUCAUUUAAGAUCAUUAUUCACAGUGGAGAUAUGGGACUUUCAUAUGUUUUUUUUUUUUAAUUUGUGUUCUCUGUCUUUUGAUUGUGUGAGCAUUGUGGCACUGAUACAUCUUUUAAAUAUAUCAUUUAGAUGUUAGACCAUGAUCUAUUUUUUAAAUCAUGCAUUAUGGUAUAUUUAUAUUUAGCUAAUAAUGCUUCAUCUAAAAGAUAGUUUUGCUCUGUAAAUCUCCAUUGGCCUAUGUGGUUAGACUCGCAUUCUCCUGUCCCUGUUUAAAUUGUUCAGUGUAUAACCUCAGGAUGACAGCAUAUGUGAAAUGCCAACUCUGUGCCAAUCUGACUCCUCUUCUAGCAUUGACCACCAUUGAUUGUGUGCUGUUAUUAAAGAGAUUUUUCUUUAUUCAA